CCUUCCACCAACACCAAGACAAAAUUCAAUUCUCUCGGAAUUAGCAUUUCUGAAACCAUCUUUUGUUGAUUAAAAGAUAUUAGUUUUAUUAUAUUUUGGUUUUUGUUUUUGUUAGAGGAUUUCCAUAUCAUUAUGAGCAACCAAGCACCUGUGAAUACGAACGAACCUCUUCAUCCCAUCGUACAAACGUCAUUAUUUGAUGUUGGUGCUAGAGUUCGUAAAGCUGUUCAAACUGGUUACAAAUUUGACCAACAUUUAUUCCCUUCAUACCACCAAGACAAGACUGAUCAAACUGAACUUCCUCAGCAAAAGCAUGAUCCCUCUUUACGCUUGACGGAUUUAAAGAGCGAAUUGGCCGCAGACUCUAUCUUUUGGGACACCGCUACUACGGAUCAAAUUGCUCAGCAAUUUGCAAACCAUAGUUUCUUGGAAUCACGUUAAAUUAUGUAAGUGAUCUUCCAAUCCCAAGAUGUUUGAAAAUGAUCACUUCUUUUCAGUUCUUUUGAGACGUGUACAUUUUCGGUGUGUGCAUCCCUUUCUUUUGUAUUCUUUUUUUUUCAUUAUUUUUUUAGCAUGCUUUUCUAUGAACUGUUUAUUGCUUUAUUUAUAUCUCGCUUUUUUUCUUGUAUGUUGAUUGCAAAAGAAAAAGAACAUGAAUUCUUAUCUUUAUUGUUUGGCUUAGGUAUUACUCAAACUUUUUAUAAAUGAAAUCAACUAUUUGCAGAAACAUUAAACGCAUGAAGC